AGACUUCCCUGUGCUUGAGUAUCUAUAAAAGAGGCAGUAGGUGUCAACUUUGUUAUCUCAGUCUCCUUGACUACAGACAGGCGCAUCUUCUCUCCGAAAAAACUCCAGUUUGUUUGCGAUCGACCGUCGUCAUGUCUGUCAAAGUUAGCCGAGGCACUACCUUCAGCUCCUCCAGCAUGCGCAGCGGCGGAUUCAGCUCAGGCAGCCUGCUUGGAAGUGGGUUUAGUUCUUCUAGCGGGAAUUAUCUCGGGCAGGGGGAAAGCUAUACCUCUACUAGCAGGCGUGCGGCCAGUGUUUAUGGGGAUGCAGGUAGCUACGGCACCCGCAUGUCCAGAUCAGUGUCCUCCUUCUCCAUGGCUGCACCAAACUCCGAGUUCUCCUUGAGCGCUAACGAGAAACUGACCAUGCAAAACCUCAAUGACCGCUUGGCUACCUACUUGGAGAAGGUGCGCUCCCUUGAGGUGGCCAACAGGAAGCUCGAGCUGCAGAUUCAAGAGUUCUUUGAAAAGAGAUCCCCAGUUAGAGCUAAGGACCUGACUGGCUACUUCACCACCAUUGCAGAACUCCGUAAAAAGAUCAGUGAAAGUUAUGUUGGCCAAGCCCAGAUAACACUGAAAGUAGACAACGCCAGGCUUGCAGCUGAAGACUUUCGUAUUAAGUACGAGUCGGAGAUGAACAUGCGCAAGAUGGCGGAAGGGGAUGUGGCCCGUAUGAGGAAGGUUCUGGACGAGCUGACCAUGACCCGGUCGGACUUGGAGAUGCAGUUUGAGGGGCUGAAAGAGGAGCUCAUCUUCCUGAAGAAGAGCCACGAGGAGGAUGUGCAGGUGCUGCGUGCUCAGCAGAGUGGUGCGGUCAAUGUGGAGAUGGACUGUGCAGGUUCGGCCGACCUAGUCAAGGAGCUGCAGGACAUGCGGGAGCAGUACGAGGCGCAGAUUGAGCGCAACCGCAAGGAGGCUGAGAUCUGGUUCCAGGGCAAGGUUGAAGGGCUGAAUUGCCAGAUGACCACCAGCACCAAAGAUAUCAAGGUAUCACAGACAGAACUAACUGAUCUGAAGCGCUCAUACCAGAACUUGGAAAUCGAGCUGCAGGGCCUCUAUACUCAGAAAUUGCAUUUGGAGAAGAGCAUGGCUGACGUGACAGAGCGUUACAGCCUGCAGCUCAGUCAGCUGCAGCUGCGCAUUAACAGCAUGGAGGCAGAGCUGCAGCAGCUGACCGUGAGCAUUCAGCAGCAGGCCUCCGAGUACAGACUUCUGCUGGACAUAAAGAUGAGGCUGGAGCUGGAGAUCGCCGAAUACAGGAGGCUGCUGGACGGGGAUGCUGUCAGCACCAGUGUAGUGUCCACCAACAUAAGCACAACCACCGUGCAAAAGGAAGUGUUAGUGAAGGAGACGGUUGAAGAAGUGGAGGAACACAAUCCUCAUAUCCAGAGAAGAGUGAAGGUCAUAGUGGAAGAGAUGGUGGAUGGACAGGUGGUGUCCCGUUCUGAGGAGGAGAAUGUCCAGGAUGUGACCAAGCCUUGAUCCAACGGUAGCUAUUUGAAAAUGCUAGACAAGAGCUACUCGGUCUAUGUCAAUGCUUAAAUGUUUUUAUGCCAGACUGUCUUAUAAGGCUUUCCUAUACCUUUGCAAUUCUUCAGGCAGGAGUGUCAGACUCCUGGAGGGCUAUUGCUAUUCUAUGAAGUAACAAGGGAUUAGUAGGUCUAAAAACCAGUAUACUUAAAUGCCCUUCCAAUAUCCUGCUACAUGUAAUAAUGGCCUAUUUUACAUGUAAUGAUGCUGGGUAUUCAAAAUGCUCUUUUUUGUGAAAAUAAAGAAAAAACUUC